GUUCGACAACAAGUGCCCACCCGUACAGGCCAAGCUCGCGUCUUUGCAACAAGCAUACGGCAGUCAGUUUCUGUGUUGGCCAGGCAGAAUUACGCUUGAAGCGGUCCGAAACCCAGCAGUCAUGGAAAACACUCAGCCAACAACAACAACCUCAAAAAUAAUCGCAACAACGUACCACUCCGUAAUAGAAUACACAACAUACAAUAACCUCCCAGCAGUCCUCAAAAAGUUCACCUUCCCCGAAAACCCAAGAACCCUGCACCGCUGGCGCAAAGAAGUGGAAGCUCUAAACCUCGCCAGAGGUCACCCAGACAUAUCCCAAAUCCUCCACUCCUCCCCCUCCCCACCAACAAUAACCCUCCGCCACGAACCAGGCCUCAGCCUCGAAAAGUUCAUCAACCCCAAAACAUCCCUCAAUACCCUUCUCCCCUCACAAGUCCACGCGAUCUGGUCCCAAAUCGCAUCAGCCCUAUCCCACCUCCACCAAAACUGCAACAUAAUCCACGACGACGUGAAACCAGACAACAUCAUCUUCUCCUCUCCCUCUCCCCAUGCUUCAUCUCACCAGCCACCCCAUGCAGUCCUAAUCGACUUCGGCGCAGCCCUCACCUCCCCGUCCACCCUGCCCCAAAACGGCUGGACACCCUCCGGAACACCCCCCUACGCACCCCCCGAGUUCUUCCACCGUCACAAAUCCUACGCCUCUGAUGUCUGGGGGCUGGGUAUCACGAUGCUCUUCUGCUUUGGAUGCAUCCCUCUCCCCACAGGCUCCUGGCUCCUUCCCCAUGUUUUUGAACAUGAAACUGUCAAACGAGAGAUGGAGGCGUGGUUAGAUCAUAUUGAAGAGCUGCGGAAAUCGUUGAGUAGUAGCGGGGAUGAAGAGAAGGUGUUGCUGGGUAGGAUGUUGGAAAGGGAUCCGGAGAUUAGGAUCGGGAGUGUUGAACUUGCGGGACUUUUGAACCCAUCUUAGAACAGAAGGUGGUCUGGGGAAGUUAUACGACGGCAGAGAGAUAGUAGAGUGUCAGCAUCUACAUCUAGUCCUGGGGCUAGGUCAAGACGGUAUCUAGAUCCGUCAUCCUUCACAACAACA